AGAUAAGGCUCUUGAGAAGUGAUGUUUUUGAACUCAUUAUCUUUUAAUUCUCUGGAUGGUGAGGAUUAUAUUGUCAUACAAUAUUCUACUUUUUUACUUCACUUUUCAUUCAUUACUUAUCAUCAUGUCUAAGAAAUGUGUUCUCCUUGUUCUUCUUCACAUCACUAUUAUUCUCGCCAUCAAUGAGGAACAUUAUAUGGCAGCUGUGGUGGAAUUUCACGCGAAAAAUCUCGACCCCAAUAGUGAGCAGAACGUCAUGCUCAAUGCAUUGAACCAUAGAACCAUCAUUGAGAAAGUCCUAUUGAAGAACGUGAAGCCUGACAUCAUAGUAUUCCCAGAAACUGGACUGAAUGACUUCUCAGUAGAAAAACCAGUGUCAACUAUAAUUCCAUCCCCAUCUGAAAAUUCUACGCCUUGUCCAAGAGAAUCCGCUCACGAUACUUCCUCAAAUUUACUGGAGACCCUCUCUUGUACAGCUCGCAUGUACAAACUCUAUAUGGUGGUGAAUAUGCUAGAAAAAUACAUUGAGAACGACAAGACUUAUUUCUAUAACACGAAUGUUGCCUUCAAUAGAGAAGGAACAAUCGUUGGAAGGUAUCGAAAACAUAAUUUGUAUUCCAAGCAAUCAGCAUUAACCAAACCUCCAUCACCUGAGUUUUCUUACUUUGAUACGGAUUUUGGGGUUCGGUUUGGAAUGUUUACUUGCUUCGAUAUUGUAUUCAAGACUCCGGCUUUGGACCUGAUAAAAAAUUACAAUAUAUCGCAUUUUGUCUUUCCCACACACUGGUACUCAGAGAUGCCUUUUCUUACAGCUAUUCAAGCGCAAUAUUCGUGGGCGGCUAGCAAUGAUGUUGUGCUGUUGGCAUCUGGCCUGAACUGCCCCGAAACAGGGAGCACUGGGUCUGGAGUUUACAUCGGAGCCGACAACAGUCCCACCAGCUACGUGCAAACCGCGACUCCAUCGGAUAUUGUCAUCGUUAGAAAAGUUCCAAAGAACCUGUCUCAUGGAGUCAACGAUCCUGGUCGAGUGAUCUACGAGAACAUUCUACAUCCUACCACAACUCUCAACAUGAAAAGUGAUAAAGGAGUUCCAUCAUUCAAAUCCGAACUGAUAGAUGAGAACAAGGAUUUGAACUGUGACUCUUCCACUUGUAGAAGUUCUCUUUCAGUCGAGUCGAAAACCAUUUGUCAAAGAGAUCUCUGUUGCCACUUCAGUUACACCUUGGAAUCAUUCUAUGAUAGUGUCAACACAUCUCAGCAAUCACUUGUGCAAUCUGGUGACGAUUUCGGCCACAACUAUUACAGACUUUUUGCUUUUGAUGGAGUGAAAGAUUAUGACGGCCGUGCCAGGGGACGUCUUCAGAUAUGUGCGGUUUUGUCUUGUACUGACAAAUACCAAAACAUUGACUCUUGUGGGAAUCCAACGUAUAACAAACAACGAUUAAAUAUAACUUUUAAUGGUGCUACGUAUGUAAAAUCAGGAUCGAGAUUUAAAGAUUUAAAAAUUAGUGUCUUGUUGAGUGAUAAUGAUACUUCAAUUAUGCCAAAUGUAUUAUUCAGUCGCAAUCCUGAAAAUUUAAUAUCAUUUGGAUCAUUAGGAGCAAGGAAUAGUUUCUCGUUUCACAGAAAUUCUAACGAGAGUGGAAUGAUUAAAACUGUUCUCAAAACUAGCCAAUCUAACGAUUCAACCACUGAUAAUAUUGGAGUUUUUGCAAUAUAUGCGAGAAUCUUUGAAGAUUCAAACUUCUCCAACAAAGCAGUUCCAAUUCUUUCUGGUUACUUCAUCCUAUUAAUGCCAGUGAUAUGUUGCAUAGAUACAUAUGUGGGUAUGUCGUAAUGUGGUAAUGUAUGUGGUAAUGUCGUAUUUGAAGUGUCCAAAACUCAGCGCUUAAAUAAAUAAAUAGCAUUCAGACUAUAUUUCAAGUUGAAUAGUUGUCUAAUUCUAGUAGCUAUUUCAACUUACUAUAUCUAUCAUUUCGCUUAUUACUAGGCCUAUUUAACUCAUUAUUUCCUUUCAUUUUAUUACUGCGGCAACUGCUUCUAGCAACUCCCCCCCCCCCUUUUAAAGAUGAUUAGUCUUCUUGGGGAAUUUCACUUUUCAAUAUUUUGAAAUUGUGAAAAAUAGCCUACAUUAAUGUAAUUAACUAUUUUAUUGUAACUAACGUAUUUUGUACACGUCUUGCAAUUUUCAUGUAGAGAUAAAAUAUGGAAUCGAAUUGAGAAUGCGGGUAGAAAUGUGAAGUGGGGUUCUUGAAUAACAUUUGUAAGUAACGCUUGUCAAAGCAGUUUCUUAUCUUUAAAAUGCGGUCAAACUCUCCUGAAAAUACCUGUUCACAAAUUUUGUAGAAUCAUCAAAGUUCCAAUUCCAAGUUUCAAUUAUAAGAUUGUCAUAGAGAAAAAUUCUUUGGCUGCUUAACAAUUUGAGAAAACAAAGAUCGUGGGUGUAGAGCCAGGGAUGAUGGUUGGAGGGCUUAUAGAAUUAGAUUACAUAGGGUAUAGCCGUUAGGUCAACGUAACCACCUCCUCCCGAUUUAAAUGUAAUUAACAUUAUAAAUUAUGAAUUAAAGCUACCUGGCUACUUAUUAUGAGAAAUUAUGUUUUCAUCGAUACCAAAUUUCAAUAAAUGGAAUUUCGGCGUUGAUAGCCUUCAUAAUUUCUUACAAGUAACGUUACUAUCUAACGCAUAUUUGGGAAUGAUGUAAAGUAAGUUAAAUGUGUUUACAAGACUGGUAGCCGUAAGUAAUGUUGUUAAUUUGAAUAUCAUAAAUCUCUACACUAUAUCAUUCGUCAGGCUAUCUACGCUCGUCUUAUCCGUCUAGACUCCCGGCUUUCAAGUUUAGUUCUUCCUGAAAACACUUUAACGGAAUUUGUAGCCCUCUCCACACAAAGUUUAUAGACUCUAGCUGGACCUGACCUCUGAAACAGAUUUGAAAGUUAUCUGUCCAUUUUUUCAAAAACUUUGAUUUAAAACACCGAUUUUGGGCGUAUCUUUGGCUUCAUUUUGAAGUACUUCAACACAAAUCUGUUGAACCUUAGUUGAACCGGUGUACAGUACCAAAUUUCAAACUUUUUGGCCUUUUGGUUCUCAUAAUACUGAGAAAAUAAAGAAAAUCGCCGAUUUUUGCAUAUCGUGGGCGUAAUUUUUAAGCCCUUCAAGACAAAAUUACUUAACACGAACUGAUAACCUGUAAAAAAUUAACAUUCUCUGUUUAUUUGCUUUCGGCUUAAAAAGCUGAGCAAACGCAGUUGAACACAGAUUCCUGGCGUAUUCAAGUAUCUAGGCAUAAUUUCAAAGCCCUUCCAUAUUUCAAUUUUUACAUUCAAUAAGCUGAGCCUGCUAAACUUGAUAAAUUUUCCACAAGAUUGGUUGAGUCAAGCUCUUGAUAUCUCUCAACAGUUUCUUUUGUAAUAUGCGCUUAGAGUUUGAAGAAUUGAACAAUGAAUCAACAACGAAAAAUAUUCUAGGGUAUUCGAUGAUACAGGUAUUAAGUAGGCAUAUUUUAAAUGUUAAUAGCCGACUAUUUCAUUUUUUUAAAUAAUAUUAUUGGUUAAGUUAGUGAUAAGUCGUUAUAAUAACUUAUUAAGCUAUUAAUAAGUUAAAUAAAAUUAUUUUAACUAAUUAAUCUAUUAAUCAAUAUUAAUUGGUUAAUAAUCAAUUCAUUAAUCAAUUUAUUCAUUAAUAAUACCUACUUAUUGUAAUUAGAACAAUUUAUUAAAGUAAUAAUUAUCAUAGUAUAUGUACAUAUUUUAUAAUAACUUGUGUGUUAUUUUUAUAUUCAGAAAUAAAUAGUAAUAUUUUUCAAUGAAUAAAUGAUUUUCACCUCGUAUUGUGUUCACCUAUUAAUACACCUCCACCAAAUAUUAACCUAUAAUUUAAGAGUAAGCUAGUGAUUAGUGCACUAAUACGGUAUAUACAGGUAUAUAAUAUGACAUCCACCCACAAUUAUAUGAAAACAGAAAGAAAUUUUCUUUUAAAAGGAGUCUUUCUUAGCAUAGUUACUAGCAUUUGAUUGACUAUAGAUUUCUGGUUUAAAUGUCACAGAAUAACACGAUAAAGUAAUGUUUUCCUUGAGAUUUCAAGUAGGUAGUAAGUAGAGUUAUUCAACUGACGAGAAUUUUAGCUUCUUUCAAAUGAGCUCGGUUAUCAUUUUUCAAACAAUCCUAUCGCCAAUUGAUAACAUUCUUGAGAAGUUUAAAAAAACAUAUUAUCUCAUAGUAGUAGCCAAAAAAAGGCUACAUCACUUGUUCGCUAUUCAGUCAUUCGAACGAUUCGAAAAAUUCAUGUUUUCGACAUAAUGCUGUUUUAUAAUAACCUAAUUAUUGUGGUGAUAGCUGUUUCAUCUUUUUUAUCGUUCAUCUCUCUGUCACAUACGUUCAGGCCAACUGUUUUGGAUCAAUUCAAUAAUUUGACAAUAGGGGAUGACAAUUUUCUGGCAGCUGUAAUUGAAUAUGGUGGACAAUAUAAUGGAACAGGGCAAGAGCAGGUGCUAUACAAUCUUGAACAGUAUGUUCAAAUUGUUUAUUAUGUUACGACCAAGGUACCUAACAUCAGUAUUAUAGUUUUUCCUGAAGUUGGAUUGCAAAGGAUCCAUGGUCCGUCUUCUGACGAUUUAUAUGCUGAGCCUGUACCAGAUGGAGAUGAGAAUGUAACUCCAUGUUCUUCAAACGAUACAGUGGUUUUGAACACACUCUCAUGUCUAGCGAAGGGAUACAAUACAUACUUGGUGGCGAAUCUGAUUGAAAGUCACACACCAGAGAAUACGUCAACAGUCGAUUACUAUAACACAAAUGUGGUUUUCAAUAGGAAUGGAACACUCAUUGCCAGGUAUCGCAAAUUCAAUAUCUAUGGCAUUGACGGGAAGCCACUGAGGAAACCAACGACUCCAGACCUCACCCACUUUGACACUGACUUCGGAGUUCGCUUUGGGACUUUUAUUUGUUUCGACAUCGCUUUUCAAACACCAGCACUUGAUCUGAUACUCAAACACAAUAUCACUCACUUCGCGUAUCCGGUUGCAUGGGUGUCGGAGCUUCCUUUCUUGACCGCUUUACAAAUGCAAGCAGGCUGGGCUCAAGCCAACAAUGUGGUUCUAAUGGCAGCUGGCUUGAACAAUCCAUUGAAUGGCAGCACUGGCUCUGGUAUUUACGCGGGAAGCAAACUGAUUGGAGCAUAUCAGACAACAAACAACAACAAUUUUGCAGUUGUUGGAAUUGUGCCGAAGAACUUGACUAAUUACCAAGCUGGAAAUAUCACAUCCGUUAAACUCAGUCUGGCCAUAACUCAGCCUGAAACAGAAGUCCUGGGACUUUUGGAAGAUAGAAUAGAUACUUACAGAGGCGAACUGUUGGCGGAAAACAAAAAAUACAGGAAAGGAGAGGGUAUUGUCGGUUUGGCUGGACGUUGGAGUAGGACAGAGCUGAAGGAUAGGAAAGUGUGCUACGGUGAUUUCUGUUGUAAAUUUUCCUUGAACUUCACGGUGUUCUACUUGGACUCGAUUCUUCCUCUCGAUGAAGUUGUUGAUACCAGUGAUCAUUUCGGUUCUAACGAAUACAUGAUUGUGGCUUUCGAUGGGGUGCGUAGCUACGGGGGUGGGCUUGCCACAGGUGGUAUAAAAGUUUGCGCGCUCGUGUCGUGUCUGAACCGGAAUUCUUCUUCGUGUGCUCUGCCAACUGUAAACGCGACCCAGAAAUCGGUAGUUUUCAAUUCGGUCAGGAGGUUUUUCAAAACUGACACUGUUUUCCAUAACAUUUUUGUGGAAACUGAAAUCGCAGAAAACGAAAAUAACAUAUUUGUGAUGCCUGAUGCCAUAUCGCGUCACACCAGUAGUCCAAGUAGGGGAACUGGGAUUGAGUUCGGCAAAAUAGAGACUGAUUACAGUUUUGAACGCAGUUUAGAUACGAACAAAAAUAUCACUCACGUUAAAAUGGUGAAUACUGCCGAGAUGAGCAAUCUGGGUGCAUUUGGUGUUUAUGCUAGAGUAUUCAGCAGAGAUGGAAUGAAUGCCACCACUAAUAUUUCGUACAUUGAUUACUAUGAUACCACUGAUGGUGAUGACGACACUUCUACAGGAAGUAAGGGGAUCAGGCUCACAAUAGAACUCAUCACACUUAUCAGUUGUUCUAUUUCCAUCCUGUCAUCAAUAACAUGAGAUAUUUAUUUUGUAAAAUCUUUGAUAAAGUUAUUUUGGCAUGGUAUUAAAAUUGAUUGGAUGAAUAUAUUCAUGAAUAUAUUUGUAAAAAGUAAUAAUGAGAAAUAAGUUUACUCUUGUCUGUUAGUUUUUAGCUCUAGGUGGGAUAUCAGGAUAAAAAAUAUAUAUACUAUAGUAUGUGCCAACCUUAGAUUGUAGCACUGUUUAAUGGAGGUACAGUGCUGCUAGAUUACAAAGUUCAGAGAGACUCUUUCUGAGAAAGAGCGAACAAGAGAGCGUAGGCCUUUAUGACAGAAUCAGCAUAAUAAAGACGAAUGUGUGAUCAUAUAGUCAGUGAGAAUAGUAGAAUGUAAAUGUAAUGACAUUCUAUUACAUUUCAUUACAUUCAUUACAUUCUAUAGCUCAUAGUGCUAUAGUCUAUUGAAAUAGCAUUGGCUUUAAAAGCCCCGCGCUGCAAAAUAAGGUUUGAACGGACUGCAUAGGUACCGUAGAUAGCGCUGCAAAAUAAGAUUUGAACGGACUGCAUAGGUACCGUAGAUAUCGGAGAAAUAGUAUUUUUCAGUUGAUGCUAUUACAAAUAAUUAUAAGCUAUAUCAGGACCUCCUAUUUAGGAGGUCCUGGCUAUAUCAUAAGUGAAAACCAUCUGCUAUUUUCUAUCAAAAAGUUUAUUUAUUCAACAACAAUGAUAAAACAACUUAAUUAUAAAAUGAUUGGAAACGGAAAACAGUUGAUUGUCUUGCAAUAUUGCUGAAUAAUCUUGAUCAGCUCGAAUUCUGGAAAUUAUUUUUUGUAUAGUAUUUUUAAGUGAACUAAAAUUAAGUGACCGAGCCUCAAAACAGAAAGUUCAGGAAAGUUGUGUUUAUGUUUUUCAAGUUUUUAGAAGCUUUUAUUCAUAAGUUACAGGUAAUUUAUUUUAUAUUUUUUGAAUUUCACAUUAUUGUCCAUUAUUAUUUUAGCUACUCCCAAGUAAUUGAAGAAUACUUUCAGUAUUUAGUGUAGUGUUACAACCUAUGUAAGCUCAUAAGCCUAAUACCGUACAUAUCAUCAAUCAUUAUAUAGUGUUUUCUUGUACAUUUGAAUAACUUAUAUUUAUAUAAAUAAAGAGAAAAUCAAUAAUUA